UGAAGGCCAUCCUACAGGAAGUACAAGUCCAAGAAAAUGCGACGUGCCUUCUGUCACAUCUUUCAAUAACAGUCCUUUUCGGACGUUUUUUCUAUAGAGGUUCAGCUAUACACGUUUGAGGUUCGGUUGCAGGCUGACUACUAGCCUGAAAAUGUCUUCUAUUACUUUAUCCAGACUACAGACGGCUACGAAGUCAACAGCAAGGGUCUUCACUCCUCUUUGCAAAGGCACCAUUCACCAUCAAGGAGUUGAUCUCCAUUCGUCUUUUCGUCGACCAUACUCCAGUUUUCGCAAGCUUACUUCGCUACCUUUAACGAAAUGGUUUCCCAGGUGUGUGUCAACCAGGCUAAUGUCGUACGGAGUAAAUGUCACAUCUGGUGGUUAUCGAAAAGGAGUCUUCCUUGUGACAGGUGCCGCAACUGUGGCAGGGAUAGCGGUUGGCGUGUGUCACUUUCAGAGGGCAGAGAUGGCUUCAAGGAUUUUACUGCCAGAAAAAGAUGGAGAUAUUUUAGAAAGGAGCAAGUCGUUCAUGUGUUCCCCUGUCACGGACGUCCAAGCUUUACAGAAGAGAAAAGACGAGAUGAGCACCAGAAUGGAAAUGCUCAUCUUGGAAACACAAUCAGCGUUCUGUAAAGCCCUGGAGGAAGUAGAUGGCGGUUCUUUUAAAGUGGAUAGAUGGCAGCGUAAAGAAGGUGGCGGUGGCAUCAGCUGUGUUCUACAGGACAGCAAGGUGUUUGAGAAGGCUGGUGUGAAUGUAUCUGUGGUCUACGGGAACCUCCCUGAGGCGGCUGCCAAGCAGAUGCGAAGCCGCGGGAAAGUGCUGAAGGCAAAAGAUGGGAAGCUGCCGUUUUGUGCCAUGGGUGUGAGCUCUGUUAUUCACCCAAAGAACCCCCACAUUCCCACAGUGCACUUCAACUACAGAUACUUUGAGAUUGAGGAAGCCGAUGGCACAAAACAAUGGUGGUUCGGUGGAGGGACUGAUUUGACCCCCACGUACCUUAACCAGGAGGAUGCCGUUCACUUCCACAGCACUCUCAAGGAGGCCUGUGACAAGCACCACCCUCAAUAUUACUCCGACUUCAAAAAGUGGUGUGACCGCUACUUUUUCAUCAACCAUCGGAAUGAGCGGCGAGGGAUCGGGGGGAUCUUCUUUGAUGACCUGGAUUCUCCGAACCAGGAUGAGGUGUUUGCGUUUGUGAAGACCUGUGCCCGGUCUGUGGUGCCAUGCUACCUGCCCAUCGUACGCAAACACGUAAAUGACCCCUUUAGUCCUGAGGAGAAGGCCUGGCAACAACUCAGACGGGGCAGGUAUGUGGAGUUCAACCUGGUGUAUGACAGAGGGACAAAGUUUGGACUGGCCACUCCUGGCUCCAGAAUCGAGAGUAUUCUCAUGUCUUUACCUCUCACUGCCAGGUGGGAGUACAUGCACGAGCCUGCCAAAGGCACUAAGGAGGCCGAACUGAUGGAGGUCCUUCGCGAGCCCAAGGACUGGAUCUGAAACCCUGUAACCCCAAGGGCGUCUUCAUAUCACAGGGACAGGGGGAGGGAGGGGGAGCGGGAGCGGGAGAGAAACGUUUGCUUCCUCUUGUACUUGAUUUUCACUUCUCCUCAGUGAUCCUUGCAUGACUCAUCACACUAAAGUCACGUCCGCAAAGAGGAAGCUUUACUGGAACAGGCUGCACUGAUUUUCACUCUCUUUGACUCUUGCUCUGUUGACUCACUACAAACUUGUUGCUGCCUGAGGAUGAACUUGGAGCUCUGCCCUUAAUUGCUGUGAGGGGUGGUUUCCUUUCCAAAGCUUACAAAGUCUUGUGCCUCUAGCAUACACCCUGCUUUGCUAAUUUCUUUGUGCCCUUGUGUGAUUGGUUGUGUGUUUACAUACAUGUUCGCUGCUUCAAAUAUACGUACCUAUGCUGUGGCUUCCUGUUACCUAUUGUGUUUAAUUUGAUGCGGUGAUGAUUUAUGGAGGACUUUGUGCUUUGUUAUUGUUGAUUCAAAGAGUUAUUUCAGGAAUCGUACGAUUGGGAAGACACAAAGGACUGGAUCCUAUUGUCUCUGGGUUUGUGUAAAUUGUAAGUGUUGUUUGCUCAGCAGAAAUGCUGGAAAAAGGUUAACUUUUUCAAGGUUAACAUUUUUUUAAAUUAUGUCACUGGAAAAAUACUUUUCAUAAAAUAAGCUUGGAUUAUUUUA